CCCUCCCUUCCUGGUCUCCAUCUGCCUCUGGAGGAAGUGAAAGCCCCGUGUAGCCAAGAGAGGAGCUCCCAGUUGCCCAGGCGUGCGCUCCCGAGUGGCCCGGCGCUCAUCAUGCGGCCCCUCCUCCUGCUAUGGGGCUGCCUUGUGCUCCCAGGUUACGGAUCGGUGGUGGUGGACCCGAAGGAGAUCAGUGGCUUUGAAGGUGACACUGUGUCCCUGCAAUGCACGUACGGGGAGGAGCUAAAGAAGUACCCGAAAUACUGGUGCCGCGAGGCCGGGAUCUUCAUCUCCCGCUGCACUGAGACUGUCUUCUCUGGAGGAUACGGCCAGGAAGGAAGGGUGUCGGUCCACGACAACCCACGGGAGAACAGGUUCACGGUUAUCCUGAGGAACCUCACCCUGAAGGACAUGGGGAAGUACUGGUGUGGGGUCAAAAAACUGGGCUUUGAUAAGACUAUGUCAGUCUCUCUGCUUGUCUUUCCAGGGACCUCUCUCCACCCAGCAACCUCUCCAUUCACAGGGACCUCUCUCCACCCAGAAGCUUCUCCAUUUGCAAGGAUCUCUCCUCACCCAGCAACCUCUCCGUAUGCAGGGACCUCUCUCCACCCAGCAGCUUCUCCAUUUGCAAGAAUCUCUCCUCACCCAGCAACCUCUCCGUAUGCAGGAACCUCUCUUCACCCAGCAACCUCUCCAUAUGCAAGGACCUCUCCUCACCCAGCAACUUCUCCUCCUGCAGGGAUCUCCCAGCCGGUCACACAAUUGGACUCUACCUCAACAAAGGGCGCCAGUUUUGUCCCCAGCAGCAGCUCCAAGUCCAGGGUGUCCAUCCCACUGAUCCGGAUCUUGGCCCCGGUCCUGGUGCUGCUAGCCCUUCUGCUGGCCACAGGCCUGGCCGCCCUCGGCAGCUACGUGUUUCAAUGGAGAGAAAAAGCUCAACUGGCCUCGGAGACACAGAAGAAGGACAAGGUCCAUCUCUCCCACUUGACUUCAGAGGACGACAAAGCUUCUUGGCGGGACCCUGAGGGAGACAUGACCCGAGCCUCUACCCUCCCCAUGUCUGGGGACGAGCCAGGCUUUUCAAAGUUCAGCUCAGUCUAGCCACCGAACACCCUCCUUGAAUCUCUGGAAGAGCUGAACUUGCACUAACUCGGACAAGCUUUCUGCUAUGACUUCAGAAUCCUCCUGCCAGAGUCCCGGUCUCUCCCUCACCCUCCCCAAGCUUUCCUCCUGCCCAUCUCAGCUGACCCUGAAGGCUUCAUCAGCCCUGGAGCCUGAUGCGGUGGCCUCACAGUUCCAGCUGGAGACUGGGACUUCCCCAAGAUGGUCACAUCCUUGGGAAAAGCACACAGCCACUGGACCUUCAAGGGGUCAGGCAGGGCUCAGGGGGUCUGGUCGAAGUUUGUAUCUGCUAUGGGGGGUCCCCUGGGCCUGGGUGCCCAGUCACAGGCCCCUCCUAACUCCCCUUCCAGACCCCACCUUCUCCGCCCUUCUUCCGUCCUCAGACUCAGGGCUGAGUUCUCCCACAUAAGCUGGUGAGGAGGAGGGAGCCUGUGGGGUUAGCCUGGAUCCUGGUUUCUCAAAGCCAGUUGUGAGCCACCUGCAUUCCAGUCCUUCAGGAAGCUGGUUAAACGAUGAUUCCGGGGCCCCAUCAAGAGCUGCCCAAACCAAGAUUUCACUGGUGGUCCAGUAAUUAGGACUCCAUGCUUCCACUGCAAGGGGCCCUGGCAUGGUACAGCCGAAAAAAAGAAGGAAAUAAACUACCAAAACCAUCUCUGAG